AUGUGGAGCUGCUUUUUAUCAGCCACACUCCUGCUCCUGUUCGGUGUGGAGCAGUCUGAAGCUCAGGGGAGGUGCAAUAAUGUCCAAGCGGCAGAUAUAGUGUUUCUGGUGGACGGGUCGUCGAGUAUCGGUCGAGCAAACUUCCUCCAAGUGAAAGGGUUUAUGGCCGGGAUCGUGAAGCCUUUCGUCAGCGCAGUGGGAUCUUCAGGGAUCCGGUUUGGAGCAGUGCAAUACAGCGACACUUCAAGGGUGGAGUUCACCUUCACCUCGUACCUGAACGGCUCGGAGCUGCUCGACGCGGUGCAGAAUCUAAAUUAUAAAGGAGGAAACACACGAACAGGAGCAGGGCUGAAGUUUGUGUCUGAUAACUUCUUCAACCCUGCCUCCAGCCGGGACGUCCCAAAGAUAACGAUUCUGAUCACCGACGGCAGAUCUCAAGACAGCGUUCAGGACCCGGCACAGAAACUCAGGAGCCAAGGAGUGCACGUGUUUGCUGUCGGCGUCAAGAGCGCGGACCGGAACGAGCUGGCCCAGAUCUCGUCGGAGCCCAGCGCAGACUUCACCUCCUUUGUGGGAGAGUUCAAGCUCCUGAACAGCCUCCUCCCCAUCGUCGGCCCCAGAGUGUGCUCCAAAGCAGGAGGAGUCUUUGCCAGCGACGAGGCGUUCUCCGGUCCAUCCAACCUUCAGUUCACUGGGCAGACCGCGGACUCGCUGCGGUUCCGAUGGACGGCAGCCUCUGGUCCGGUCAGCGGGUACCUGAUCCAGUUUGCGCCUCUGUCAGGACUCGGGCAGCCCAUAAACACAGAGCUCAGACAGGAGACGGUCUCGGCCUCUCAGCGCUCGUUCACGGCCCGGGAGCUACGGCCGGGAACAGACUACCUCAUCACGGUGAUCGCCCAGUAUCCCAACAGCGUGGGAGACUCCACCUCAGGCAAACAGAAGACCAGAUCGGCUCCAGGACUGUCCAACCUGCGUCUGGUGGAGGCCGGCUUCUUCUCUCUGUCUGUGGGAUGGGAACGACCCUCCAGUCCAGUGCAGGGCUACAGACUGACCUACGGGCCCCGCGGGCAGCCGGCUGCAGAUCUUCUGGAGCAGUCGAUCUCCGCAGACAGCACCUCGGUCACGUUAGAGUCUCUUCAGCCUGGAACAGAGUAUGUGAUCAGUCUGUACCCUCUGGUCCCACGUAGCUCCGCCUCCCCUUCUGUGCUCAACGCAAACACAUUGGCUCUGGAGGCCGUAAAGCAGCUGUCGGUGCAGACUGAGUCCGAGGGCAGUGUGCGAGUGCAGUGGGGAGGAGUGAGUGGAGCUCAGGCCUAUCGUCUCGUCUGGGGCCCGUUCACAGGACAGACCGUGGAGAGCGCAGAGGUGGCGGCCGACACCACCUUCUACAUUCUGUCACGCCUGGAACCAGAGACGGAAUACAUCAUCACCAUCAUCCCUCUGUACCAGGGGGGCGCCGAGGGACCUGUGGCCACUGCUCGCUUCAAGAUCGAGCGUCAGGAGCAGCAGCAGCUCAGAGCUCUGACCACCGGACCGUCCACCAUCAGACUCAUCUGGAGGUUCAUACAGUCGUCCAGAGGAUAUCGGCUCGAGUGGAGAGCUGGAGAGGGGGGCAGAGUGCAGACUCUGUCGUUUCCUCGGGGCACCACGAACUACGACCUGACGGGGCUCCAGCCGAACACUGAGUACAUCAUCACACUGUACACUCUGUACGAGGGCCGAGAGGAGGCUACACCUGUGUCCACCACCGCCAGAGAAGAGCAGCCUGUGGGCCGAGUGUCCGACCUGCGCGUGGUCGAGUUCCUGGGCAGCACCGUCAGACUGGGCUGGAUUGGGGUUGCCGGGGCGACGCAGUACCGGAUCAUCAUCCAAAACGCAGAGGACGGCAGUGAUGAAAUCCGCAGUGUUCCUGGGAACCAGACGACUCUGGACCUACGCGACCUCAUUGUGGGCGUGUCCUAUGGUGUCAGCGUCACGGCGAUGGUGGGAGACAGCGAGGGAGAUCCAGUCACGGUCUACAUCAAACCAGAGCAAGUGGUGGAGCGAGUGUCCAACCUCAGAGUGACCAAUGUGAGCAGCAGGAGGAUCCGCAUCAGCUGGAGCGCUGUCCCUGGAGCCACGGGGUACAGGGUGACGUGGAGACAAGGCAACGGCCCGGAGCAGACUCGCACUAUUGGCCUGGAGACCACCUCGUUCACCAUCGACGCCCUGUCCCCUGACGUUGCUGUGGCAAUCGGCGUGUCCGCUCUGGUGGGUGACCGGGCCGGCGAGGUGGUCACGCUCUCGGCCCGGACAAACCCGAACGUGGGCUCUGUGUCCGGGCUGCGCAUUGUGGACGUGACAUCACAGAGAAUCCGCAUCAGUUGGGCCCUGGCCUCGAGGGCCACAGGAUACAAGAUCACAUGGAGAAGAGACGACGGGCUGGAGGCGACGCGUACUGUGGCGACUGACGUGUCGUCCUUCACCAUCGACGGACUGCAGUCGGACUCUUCGUACAGCAUCCUGGUGUCUGCUCUGAACGGCUCCAGGGAGGGGGCCCCCGCCACUCUGACCGUGCGCACAGAGUCGGACCAGUCGUUGGUGGGGACGGUGACCUCGCUCCAGGUGCAGGAGGGCAGAGGGGAGGUGGUCCGGAUCACAUGGGUCGGAGUCCAGGGAGCAACAUCCUAUAGAGUGUCCUGGAGGAGAACUGAUGGGGGCGAGGAGCGCAGUCGGGUGGUGAGUGGGGACCAGACCGCGGUGGACUUGGACCAGCUGGACCCUGGAGUCCAGUACGAGGUGCAGGUCAUGGCUCUGGUGCAGAACAGAGAGGGGUCUCCGGUGUCGGUCAGAGUCACCACACCUGGCACCUCCCCUCGGCCCGUCACUCGGCUUCAGGUCACUGAAGUGGCCGAGACCACGGUGCGUCUGGCCUGGAACACUGUGUCUGGUGUCACUGGGUAUAUCCUGCGCUGGAGAGAAGAGACGGACCCAGGAGCCGGUCUCUCCAUCUCGCUGCCCUCCUCCUCACUCUCGUAUCUCGUCGGUGGUCUGCGUUUGGGUCGGAGAUACCGCUUCACUCUGCAGCCCACGUUUGAGAGCGGCCUGGGAUCAGAGAGCUUCGUGGAUGAACACCCAGUUUGUGCAGGAGGUCGUCUGGACGUGGUGUUCCUGGUUCCUGCCUCCACAGACAGAGUGCCCCUUGCCGGCCCCCUGAGGGCGCUGCUGACCAGUGCUGCCCGCUCCAUCAACACCUUCGGGGAGAGAGAUUCACAGAUGGGAAUUGUCGUUUAUGGAUACAGACCCAAAAUCUGGUUCCUGCUGAACCGCCACAGCAGAUCCGACUCGCUGCUGCAGGAAAUCCAGUCCACUCCGUUCGACGAGGGUCCAGGGAAUAACAUAGGCCAGGCAGUGAACUUCACGACUCAGUACUUGCUCACACCAUCAGCCGGUCGCAGGCCUCGAGUCCCGGGAGCCGUGGUGAUAAUCACAGACCGCAGAUCGGAAGACAACCUCACUCUGGCUGCUAACUACCUCCGAGCCACAGGGGUGACCGUCCUGGCUCUGGGCGUGGCUCAGGCCGACUCUGAGGAGCUGCGCAGAGCGGUGACCGACAACAGCGGUCAGAACGUCCUGUUCGCAGCCGAUGCUUCCCAACUGGACGCUCUGCACACAGAGCUGUCUGACCUGCUCUGUGGGAUCGCACGCAUUCCUGAAGUGUUUCCGGGGACAGACCAGUGCACCAUCAACUGUCCGCGGGUGAGACACGGGACAGGGACAAACAUUAGUCUUAAUGAAAACAAGAUUUACGAAAGGGGGUUGAUAAAAGAACAGUGA